CUUCAGGACUCCAUGUCAAGAGCAGGAAGAGUGACAGAGACUCGCAGGCCCUGAAAACACACGCCUCUCCAGUAUUAACAGAAGGAUCAAUAAUAAUUCAACAAAAAAAGUGUAAUAAAAAACAUUAAUUUCCCAUCAUGGAAAAUGGGUCCGAGCAGAAGAAGAAACAGCUCCAUGGCAUCAACCUAUUGGAUCAUAUAAACAGAAUGAGAGAAGCAUCAGAGAUGAUUGAUAUUGUACUAGUGGCUGAGGGCCAGAGGUUUCCAUGCCACAAAGUGGUAUUGGCUUCCUUUAGUCCUUAUUUUAAAGUAAUGUUCACAUGCGGUUUGGUGGAAUGUAACCAGGGGGAGGUUGUCUUGCAUGAUGUAACGGCUUUAAGCGUUUCUAUUAUAUUGGAAUACAUGUACAGUGCAGAGCUCAGUAUCAACAAUCUUACAGUUCAAGGUGUUGCCACAGCCGCCUUUUUUAUGCAGAUAGACAAUGUUUUCCAUAUCUGCCAGAACUACAUGACAGACCAUAUGGAUUCAUCAAAUUGCAUAGGCAUCUAUUAUUUUGCCAAGCAGAUCAGUGCUGAAGAUCUCGAAGACAAGGCCAAAAAAUACUUGUAUCAACACUUCAGUGAAGUUGGCUUACAUGAGGAGAUAUUGGACAUUGAGUUUGAGCAGUUGAUGGGAAUGAUUAUGUCUGAUGACCUCAACGUGUCCCGAGAAGAAAGCAUUCUUGAAUUAGUUCUACGUUGGGUAAAUCAUGGAAAGGCUGUACGUUCUCAGCACCUUAUUGAUCUUCUGAAGCAAGUGAGAUUGAUACUUGUGAAUCCCUCAUUCCUUCGAGAAACCAGAAAGAGGAACACUAUACUACUGUGUAAUUCACAGUGCUAUGACAUGUUUGAAGAAGCACUAGCAACCAUUGAAAAGUCAACGCAGGUCUCUCUAACUCUGCGUUAUGGCAUGGAGACAACAAGCCUUCUUCUUUGUCUAGGGAACAACUCUAUGGGUAUCAGGUCAAAAUAUGGAAGUUAUGCAGAGGCUAGUUUUUGCUUUGCCCCUGCAACAAGAAAAAUCUGUUUCAUCCCAUCACCCAAGCAAGGAGAGGUAUUGGGCACAGUGUUGGCUGGUGUCAUUACAAAUAACAAUGAUAUUAUCUUAGCUGGAGAAGCCAGUGCUGUCCGACAAGCAAGACAAAAGGUCAGAAGCGUUGAAAUCUGCAGGUAUCACAACAGGGGCAACUACUGCUGGGAGCGACUUUGUAGUGCGGAAUACAGAGAGCUCUAUGCACUGGGCAGUGUCCAUAAUGAGAUUUAUCUGAUAGGUGGUCAAAUGAAAUUGAAAAACCAGUACCUCGUCACCAAUUGCGUGGACAAGUACUCUGUAGAAAAUGACACUUGGAGAAGUGUUGCACCGCUGCCUCUGCCUCUGGCAUGCCACGCUGUAGUGACACUAAACAACAAGCUGUAUGUCAUGGGAGGCUGGACUCCCCAGACAGAUCGUCCUGAUGAUGAACCGGACCGUUUAAGUAAUCAAAUGCUGCAGUAUGAUCCUGUUCGAGAUAAAUGGACCCAGUUGGCACCUAUGAAAUAUUCAAAAUAUAGGUUUAGCGUGGCUGUUGUCAAUGGUGAAAUAUACGUUCUAGGUGGAAUUGGCUGUGUUGGUCCAGACAGAGGACAAUCCCGAAUUUGCCUUGAUGCUGUUGAGAUAUACAGUACUGAUGGCGAUUUUUGGAGGGAAGGUCCUGUGAUGCCCAUUCCACUACUCUCACUUAGGACAAACUCAAGCUGUGCUGGAGCAGUGGAUGGGCGAUUGUAUGUCUGUGGGGGAUUUCGUGGAGCAGAUCGACAUGAAGUCAUUACAAAGGAGAUUCUGGAACUCGACCCCUGGGAGAACCAUUGGAAUGUGGUGUGCACCAGAGCCCCAAUGCAUGAUAAUUAUGAUGUUUGUCUUGUAGCAAGAUUGAACCCUCGAGAUCUUAUCCCCCCACCACGUGACCUGGUGGACAGGUGAACAUGCGUCACACUCUCGUACAAGGCUACAGUAAAUGUUAUGUCUUAGUCAAACAAAAUGUCCCUUUGUUCCUGUAAGUAUAGUUUCUUACUUUGACAUAUGUGUACUCAUUGUAUACAGAGAGAGACUUUAACAAUCUAACACAUCCAGUCCAUAAUAACACAGACGUUGAUAGGAAUCUAUAUGUCUCUUAGCUAGUUACACUGUUUCUUCCAGAGAGAGAAUGUAUUGCUUUUCUCUGGAUUGCCUCUUGUGAAACAUUGCUUGAAAAAUUUGGAUAACAUAAAAUGAAGAAAUAAAGCAAAUUGUUCAAAUAUCAAACAAUUGUUUUACUUAAUUAAAAUAUCUGUCUUACAGAAUCACUAAAAGGUAAAGUAAGACUAUCAACAGAUUGGAUGAUGAGCCAUUUCUCCUGGAGGU